GGGAGGGGGAAAGUAGGUCAGAAGGAGCGCGAGGGUGGCCUAGCUGCUAGGCGCGCGCUGCGGAGUAGGGUAACUCUGUCACUUACUUACCUGCUGAGCAGAUUGCAGGAGAUAAUUUGCUUGCUGCUCUGAGCAACCAUCAUCAUAUUACAUUGAUCCUGGCAUUCUUUGUUAGCUGCCAAUCAAGUGCCACAUAGACCUGAAACUGGUACUGCUGGGCCUUGGAACCUUCCAUGCAAAUCAGAUUAUCUGUAUCAAAACACCAUGGCACGACGCACACGCAACAGCAGGGCCUGGCACUUUGUCCUGAAUGGGGUACGCCGGGAUGCAGAUGCACGGGCAGUAGCUUUGGCCUCUGGAGCACAUGGGUGGGGCUAUGACUCUGAUGGGCAGCACAGUGACUCUGACUCUGAGCCAGAGUUUCCUUCCCUCUCGCCCUCCAUCCCCAGCGCCAUCCCUGUGACAGGAGAGUCCUACUGCAACUGUGAGAACCAGAAUGAGACUCCGUACUGCUCCAGUCUGCACACCAUCCAUCGUGUCAAGGACUGCCAGUGUGGUGAAGAGGAUGAGUACUUUGAGUGGGUGUGGGAUGACGUGAACAAAUCGACUGCAACCCUCCUGACCUGUGACAACCGCAAGGUGAACUUCCACAUGGAGUACAGCUGUGGCACUGCUGCUAUCCGUGGGAACAAGGAGCUGGCGGAGGGGCAGCACUUCUGGGAGAUCAAGAUGACCUCUCCAGUCUAUGGCACUGACAUGAUGGUGGGAAUUGGGACUUCAGAUGUGAAUCUUGACAAGUACCGCCAUACAUUUUGUAGUCUGCUGGGCAAGGAUGAAGACAGCUGGGGACUCUCAUACACAGGAUUACUCCACCACAGGGGAGAUAAAAUGAACUUCUCCUCAAGGUUUGGCCAAGGCUCCAUCAUUGGGGUUCAUUUGGACACGUGGCAUGGAACUCUCACUUUCUUCAAAAACAGGAAAUGCAUAGGAGUUGCAGCUACCAAACUGCAGAACAAGAAAUUCUACCCCAUGGUGUGCUCCACUGCAGCCAAAAGCAGCAUGAAGGUGAUCCGUUCGUGCGCCAGCUACACGUCGCUCCAGUACCUCUGCUGUUACCGCCUCCGCCAGCUGUUGCCCAACUAUGUGGAUACGCUGGAAGUGCUGCCAUUGCCCCCAGGACUUAAGCAAGUUCUACACAACAAACUAGGCUGGGUGCUGAGUAUGAACUGUAGCACAUUGAAGCCUUCCACCUCUUCUUCCUCCUUGUCAGGAAGUGACUCAGAUAGCUCCUGUGGCUCAGAUGCAGAGGCAUGCCAAAGGAAGAGGUGCAGGAGGACGUAAGUUACUUUCAAACAAACUGCCUUGGGGGGUGGUUUCCUUCACUAUCUCUGAGGGUGAUCCAGGCCAGACACCUCUUCUUGGGGACACCCAACUUCUAAUCAAGUUUGCAAAGACUUCUGCCCUCUUGAAAUCUUUUAAGCUACACGCAUCAGCCACUUGCAUUGAAAACCUAUCCCAACUGAGGAGAGAGUGACUUCUUUGAAAUAGGCAGCCCAGAUAACCUACAGCAAAAUUUUCUAGUUUCGUUCUCCUACUCACUACCACCCUCACUAGCUGAUCUCUAGGGAGUAGACUGUUCCAGGAGAGACGCAAGCUUUCAAACUGGCUUCCUGGCUUCAGAAUGUGCAUCUCUUCUAGCAGGCUUUAUGAUCCCAUCAAAAGACAAAGCCAGUUGCCACUCCACCCUUCUCCUAACUGUUAUGUGUUGGUUUGGCACCUGCAAUGAAGGCAUCGGGUCACUGGGAUGUGAUCUAGAACAGCAGUGUUUAGAGAGAGGCUCUUAAAAUUGCAUCUAUAUGCUUUACUGUUGGCACUGUUGUGAACGAGCGGUUACUUGCUAGAGCUGAUCUGUAAAUGAUCUCAUUUGAGUCCUGUGACUUCUUUAACUGCUUUGCAUGUUGGGUACUGCUGCUUUUCCUGUAUCAAAGACUAUUAACUGGUAAUAAACAUACUGUUUACUUUAA